AUGACUCGCCUGUCUCAAUCAGAAAAAUGGUCUCGUAAAAACACCCGCCCCAACGUCUUACGAGGUUACUCUUCUUUGACUGCUCCGCACGACUCUUCGUCCUCCUCGACUCCUCCUUCCCGUGCUCACCAAGAACUUUUGGCCCUGCUGGAAGCACCUAGCCCUGAACAGUCUUUCCUCCUUUUGGACAUCGAACGAGCUUGGAACCUUUUGUCACACAUCCCUGAUCUCUCUCCCGACCUGCUCUGUCGUGCCAUCCAUUGGUUUUCCAACUUAGACGAAAAGGCCGCCGCCCAACACGCUGUCGACCUCUUUGCCGACUUGCCUACCAGACACAAAUCACCCGCCGUCUAUGGGCAUGUUAUUCGCUCACACCUCAGACUCGGUCGGCAGUCCAUCGCUGUUGCCUUGCACGAAGAAGCUUCUGCACUUCCAAGAGCAGGCUCCAUUGCUUCUGACCAUCUUAUGGCCGUCGCAGUCUCCCAGUCCGACUGGCCUCUGGCUGUAAAGAUUCUUAAAGAGUGGGAAGCAUACAGUGCCGCGGUCUGUACAGGAGGUAAUGGUUCUCUCUUCAACCAAUUCCAACAGAAUCUGCAGAGGACUUUGACUCAGAUACACUACCUUCGUAAGCGGUGCUCUCGAACGGCACAGGACGAGACGAGGGACGAGUUCACGCAAGACUUACAACGUCUUUAUGGUGCGCUAGUGCACCGCUAUAUUUCAGCCUCAUCAAGAUCACAUGUCUUCCUGAGGCAUGAUUUUGCUGCUAAGCUUCUUCGUGGGUCUGUACGGAAUCUUAUCGAGAAGACUCGCGAAAACGGCCUGGCCACGGCUGAACUAUACGAAAACAUCCUUCUGGUAUUAGUGAACGUGGAAGGCUGUGCUUUGAACAACGAUUGCAGUGCGAUUGUUGCCUCUACUUACUUGUUCUACCGCCAGUCCAAGUUCUUCAAGCCCUCAAAGAAGCUACUUCUGGAAAUCACGAAAUAUUGGAGGGACCACAAGGUUGCUUUUGGUGGCCAAGGCCCUCAUGUGAACUUCAUCGGCAAAGAGAACAUCCUGAGUGAUUGGAAGGAAUACCAUCAGAAACCUAGUGAUGAAGCCCUUUCAGUCAUCAUGGAAAGCUUUGCUCAACGCGGUUUUGUCAAAGCCGUCAAAGAACAUGCAAAUAUCUACAAGUCUCUUCAUGCAGAGGGCGACCUGAACGCCACUUUUCUUCGGCAUCUUCUCACUGUGCAUGCAGUCAACCUCAAGCCUAAACUUGCCGCUCAACAACUUCACAACAUGCAAAGUGAGUAUGGCGUUUCGCCAAAUCUCCGCUGUUGGAACAUCGUUCUAGAUGCUUUCGCACGGGUCGACGAUUUGCCACAAGCCACGAAGAUCUUCCACGAGAUAGUGGACGCUGGAUUACAGCCUAAUGAAUACACAUAUGGUCCUCUGCUUACUGCAUACGGCAAACAAGGAGACAUCGAUGGUGUAGUUGAUCUCCUCAACUUUGCAAAAUCGAAUGGUGUGAUGAGACCCACUACCAGCAUGAUGAAUAGCAUGAUUCUUGCGCUGGCUCGUAGUUCCGAGAUGGACAGUGCUCUCAAGGCUCUGGAUCAAACUAUUCAAGCUGUCCAGCAAGGCAAGGUGGAUGGCUCCCUCACUCCCUGUUUCAACACUAUGCUCACUGCUUUUGCGUGGAAACGCAAUCUGAAGGCCACUAUGGCAACCUAUCGUCGCAUGCAAGAGCUAAAUGUUCCUCUCGACGAAAGAUCAUAUGGAGCUCUCAUGCUAGUCCUGUGUCUGUUUCGUCAAUCACCUUCAGCACACAAGAUUUUGAAGUCGGUCAUGCCUGCACAAGGCGUACGACCUAUGGCCUUUCACUAUGCUGUUCUCACAAAUGGCUACCUGGGCCAGGAGCUGUAUUCGGAAGCAAUCAAAGUCGAGACAGAAAUGAAGGAGGCACGUGUGCGAGAGACGGCUAGCAGUCGAGCUGUUGCGACUAAGGCAAAGGCAGCCUACCAACAUAUCAUCACACAAGAUCAGACAAACGAGGACGGUCACUUGUCACCCUUAGAGGACGUGAUCGAAGACUUCCAGAAGGUGCUGAAUGAUCCACGAACCCUCCGCCAAGGCAUGCAGCCUCAAUCAAGCGAACACAAAACCAUGGACAUAAGCUUCUUGAUUUUCAUUCAUGGCAAGCGCAGGUCAUUCGAAGCUGUUCAGCAUCUGUUCCAGAUGUUCCAAUCGAAGCUUGCAGAAAUCGACACUGAUCAUAGUCAAGCACCAAUCGUGCUUUUGCUUACAAACCUCAUGUUCGUACACACACAAGCUCAGGAAUGGAGCGAGGUUGAUAAAUACUGGGAUCUCAUCAAGUCCAGGGUGGAGGAGAUGCGUCUUUCGCAUAUUCCAGCAUCUAAGUUGGUUCAGUCCGUUAAACAUGGUCAGACUAUUCGAACUUCAAGAGAAGCAGAGACCGGUCGGGUACCCGCAUCAUAUCGCUUGGUGUUAUCGGUACCCCUGCAGUACUACAUCCGCUCUCAAUUUGCACAGUCAUCCAUCAGGAAGCUGGUUCCCAUGAUUACGAAACUGCUUUCCCAAGGCUUCCGGUUCGCCAAUAAGACAUGGAACGAGCUCAUCGUACAACUCUGCCAGACGAGUCCUCCGCGCGCAUUACUUGCCUAUACACUGGUCGAAAAGUACAUGAUGAAGGAUUGGCCAGGUUGGAUCUCGCAUCGACAUGGGUCUAUACGCAAACCCGACACGGUCUAUAUCAAGAAGCAAGAUUUCAAAGAAGGUCUUGAAUACAUCAAUGCCCGAUAUAUCAACAAGGAUACACUCAUUCCACAGUAUCGCACAAUGGUGCAUCUGGCCAACGCAUUGUUGGAAGUACGCGGUCUAACUAGCCGCGGUCUAGGUGAAGAUCACCAUGAGUCGGUCUCGGGCUUGCGCGAAUUGAGGAAACAGGUUGGAACCAUUCCUGAAAUCCGAGAGAAGGCGCCCAGAACACUACACGCCAUACAGAGCAUGCCUAGGAUUGUGGACGAGCUGCAAGGAAGCUUGCUCCGUGUACAAUAA